AAAUUUUCGCGCAUGCGCCGAACCUUCAUCCUUUCAGAAAAUAGCCAGCCCCCAAGCCGAAGCUAUCAAAAAUUGAGUGGAGAAAGUCCCUCAAAACCUAAAUAUGGGGUUCGUAAAAGUUGUCAAGAACAAGGCCUACUUCAAGAGGUUCCAGGUCAAAUUCAGGAGGAGGCGAGAAUUCAAGACCGACUACUUUGCCCGCAAGAAGCUUUGCAUCCAGGACAAAAACAAAUACAACACCCCAAAAUACAGGCUGGUUGUCCGGUUCUCAAACAAAGACAUCACAUGCCAGGUAGCAUACGCCAGAAUCGAGGGAGACUAUGUGAUGGAGGCUGCCUAUGCCCAUGAGCUCCCCAAAUAUGGCUUGAAGGCCGGGUUGACGAAUUAUGCUGCUGCCUAUUGCACAGGGUUACUCCUGGCAAGGAGGCUUCUGAAGAAACUAAAUCUCGACAGCAUCUACAAAGGUGUUGAUGAGGUGAACGGUGAAGACUACUAUGUAGAGAGCGAGGAUGGCCAGCCAGGUGCAUUCCGUUGCUACUUGGAUGUUGGACUUGCUCGCACAACCACAGGAGCACGUAUCUUCGGUGCACUCAAGGGUGCUGUUGAUGGUGGAUUAGACAUCCCACACAGUAACCGUCGAUUCCCAGGAUAUGACUCUGAAAGCAAGGAGUUUAAUGCCGAGAUCCAUAGAAAACACAUCUUUGGUGGCCACGUCUCUGAUUACAUGAAUGUCCUGCAAGAAGACGAUGAGGAAGCAUACAAGAGACAGUUUUCACAGUACAUCAAAAGUGGCAUAAGUGCUGAUAAUCUUGAACCCACAUAUAAAAAGGUCCAUGCCGCAAUUCGUGAGAAUCCUGCACGGGGGACAAAGGAGAAGAAGGAAGUCAAGUCGAAAAGAUACAACCGUGCCAAGCUGUCCAAGGCUCAGCGUGAUGACCGCGUCAAACAGCGAAAGGCCGCCCACCUCAGAAAAUUGGCGGGUGGGGCUGAUAAUUGAGACAACUAAAUGAUAUAUUUAUCUGGCAGAAUAAAAAAAAAAAGAAAUAA